GUCGAUUAACAACGCGGCCUGGCUGUUGUAUGUUGAACGUUUUGUCAGUGUCGGUGUUACAACUGUAUGUCAUGGAAAUUUAAAGUGUGUAGACUCAAGUCACUCGUGUUCAAGUUGUAGUAAUUUUAUUUUAGAAAGGUGAUAAGGCAGUGUACGUCUGUGAAUCAUGGAGACAAUUUUGGAGCAACAGAGGCGGUUACAUGAGGAGAGAGAGCGGAUUGUUGAAGCCAUGGUGAAGGAAACGCUACACAAGAAAAGUUCGAGCCGUGAACAGAUUAACUCAGAUCAACGGACCAGGAAACUCCUUGAUAAACACAUGGAUGACACAGCCAUGCUGAGAGACAUCUAUGAAGACAAAGAUGGUCUGCGAAAGGAAGAGGUCCAAGCAUUGUCAGGGCCCAAUGAGUUCCAAGAAUUCUACGCUCGGUUGAAAACAAUCAAGGACUUUCACAGGAAACACCCCAAUGAGAUUGCCAUCCCGAUGUCCUACGACUACGAUCGGAUGGACGAGGAGCGAGCCAACCCAGUGGAGGAGAAUCAGACCUUGGUGGAGUUCACUGAUGAAGAAGGUUACGGCAAGUACCUGGACCUCCAUGAAUGCUACGACAAAUACAUCAACCUAAAGAACAUUGAGAAAAUUGAUUACCUGACCUAUCUGGCGACUUUUGAUCAGCUCUUUGGCAUCCCGAAAGACCGCAAAAAUGCAGAAUACAGAAGAUAUCUGGAGCUCUUGCUGGACUAUCUGCAGGGCUAUACACGCCGUCUCAAACCCUUGCUGGACAUGUCGGAGGAACUGGACAAAGUCAAGUCUGAUUUUGAGACGCAGUGGGAAGGGGGUACCUUCCCAGGGUGGGGGAAAGAGGCAGCCAGUGCCUUGGCACAUGCAGGAGCCCAUCUGGAUCUGUCUGCCUUCUCCUCUUCUGAGGAAUUGGCCUCGCUGGGUCUGGAUCGUCUGAAAUCGGCCUUGAUGGCGCUGGGCCUGAAGUGUGGUGGGACUCUGGAAGAGAGAGCUCACCGUCUCUUCAGCACCAAAGGAGUACCCAUGGACCAGUUGGACACCUCGCUGUUUGCCAAGAGCAAAACUGGAAAGGGGGGUAAAAAAGAUAACAGCGGCAAGCAGAAGGAUAUAGCAUUCCUAGAGGCACAGGUCUACUUCUUUGCCGAGCUGCUUGGGGAGCAACGGUUGGCAACACGCGAGAACAUCCAGCGCAAGCAGGCACGCACGGACGCCGAGCGCGAAGAUGACGAAGAGGAACAGUACAGUGACAGCGACAGUGAUGACGACGACAACGAGGUCAUCUACAAUCCCAAGAACCUCCCCCUCGGAUGGGACGGCAAGCCCAUUCCAUACUGGUUGUACAAGUUGCAUGGUCUAAACAUCACGUACUCCUGUGAGAUCUGUGGUAACCAGACCUACCGAGGCCCCAAGGCAUUCCAGAGACACUUUGCUGAAUGGCGCCAUGCUCACGGAAUGCGUUGCCUGGGCAUUCCUAACACGGCUCACUUCGCGAAUGUGACGCUGAUUGAAGAUGCGCUCUCCUUGUGGGAGAAAUUGAAAGAAGCCAAGUCAUCUGAGCGAUGGCGUCCAGACACUGAGGAGGAGUUUGAAGAUUCAAGCGGUAACGUCGUCAACAAGAAAGUCUUUGAGGAUCUCAAGAGACAGGGACUUCUGUAAGAGCUGGGGUUCCAACUUUCCAACUUUCUGUUUUCAUUCAGUAGUGAGAAUCCUUUUGGAAGUUUUUUUUGUGUAAAAUAGUAUUUUUGGUUUCUGUUAACAUCGAAUGAUCAAGAAAAAAACUGGUCUGUUGAACUUCCGUCGUGGGAAAUGUUGAUCAAAGGGUCCCUGCAACGUAUUUUUCUUAAUCUGUACUCUCUUAAAUGUACGUUUAAAUAGUGAAGUUUUUUAAACAUGUAACAUUUUCUGUGCUUUUCCUGACGGUUGUCAUGUUAAUGUUAAGUCAUUUCAGGAAGUCACUUUAUUAUGAGGGUUUUUCUGCUCAAAUAGCGAGUGCAAAUGUGCUCACCAAAAAUAUCUUUGUAUACAACUUUGUUUACUGGCCAACUGUCAUGAACUGAAACACCAGCAAAUUACCGGAGAAAAAGAAAAUGUCAGAUGGUAAAACAUCAAAAUUAAACUCUGGCAAAUGUUUGUGCUGAAAUUACCCUCAAAUUGAGGCAGCUUUUUGAAAUGAGAUCAAACAUUUCUUCAGGAAUAUAUAAAUUCACAUUUGCACAAAAGCCAGAAAUGCUCCUUCAAAAUGGCCCUCAUAAUGGCGAAACAAAACUUUGAAAAGCCUCAAGUAGGACAUAUGAGAGGGAUUUUUCAAAAAUCUCAUAUCAAAAUUUACUUGGCAUGGACUCUUAAACACUAACACCCCAAGAUUUUCCAUUAUCCCCGUGGAGGUUCAAGGAGGGGUUUGGAGGAGUGAGAAAGGUAGAGAACAGUCACUGUUGUUCAAGAAGGGGCCUGUGCCACCUUAGAUCACCAGUUGGUUUACGGUGGAGUAUAUUUGAGUAUUCAGUAUAAAAGUUCCCUGUAGGGAGUUGUUAGGGUUUUCAAAAAAUCGGAAUAAAAACAAAACUCUCGAUGGACUUUUUGUCAUAACUAACUGCAUAUCACAAUCUUGUUUUCGCAAGUACAUUUAAACUAAGCGAGCACUUGACCUUCUCCACCUUGAGUUGAAGUGCACCGUCAUCGACAAAUAAGAGACAGGCUGGUGGAUGUUUCUCAAGCGGACUCGUGUACACACUAAGUGACCAUAUACUUAAACAGAAAUUGGUCGCGUGUACCCAGCACAUCCCGCACGCAUACAUGGGGAGUUCCUACCAAAGGACAAUUAUCAGAAUGUAAAAAUACGCCCUCUCUUGUUUCCGCAAAAUGCAAAUUGCUUGCAUUCAUAACAUUAGCAUGUCAACAGACUGUUCAUAAAUCAGGUUGAAUACACGUCAGCCAUGGUUUUUGCUCCACAAGUGUGAUGUGAUCUGCCCAAGCCCUUCACGUGGGUGGCAGAAAAGUUGUGGAAAUAAAGUGAAACGAGCUGUGGAAAGAUAUCAGUAUCAACUGUGA